AUGAAUCAAAAAAUGUGCCAAGAAAAUCAAAUCCUUUCUAGUCUUUCAUUUUUAAAAGAACUUGAUAUUAAUCAUAAGAUUAGUCAAUUAGAAUAUCCAACAUGGGAUGAUGAUAAUGAAGAGGAAGGAUGUAAAAAUGUGGUUAAAAAUAUCCAUAUAAAUAUUUAUGUACCAUUUUUUAAGAAUAUCUUAUUAAAAUGGGAUGAAAGAUUGGUCACAACAAAUGUAUCAUCUAUAUUUUAUGAGAAAAUUCCUAAAAUAAAUAAACUUUUUGAAUAUACAAGGAGAAUUUCAUUAUCUAUUUUUCCUAAAAAAGAGUCAAAUUUUGAUAAAAAUAUAAAAGAUAACAAGAUACUUUCUGUUAAAAGUAAAAGAAAUGAAUAUAAUAAGAUUGUUAAUAUGUCUCAAAUUCAAUAUGAAAAUAAUGACCUAGUAAAUUUAUCCAAGAAUCUAAUAAGUAAUUGUACUUUUGAUUAUACUCAAUUUUUCUCUCCUCAUUUAUUUAACUUUUCCAGUUAUACAUCAUCUUUCUAUAGUUUUGUUAAAUUUUCUUCCCCAUCAUGUGAGAAAUUUAUUAAAACUUUAGGUAGUAGUAAAAAAAAUAGUUGUGUUGUAGCUAAAUGUGAAGAGAAUGAAAAAACAUGGAAAAAUUGCAAUAUACUAUCAAUUCCACAUAUUUUUGUUAUUAGUAUAGUACCAAAUAACUUUGAAAAAAAUUGUCAAAAACUUUAUGGAUUAGAAUUAACAAAUACUAAUAUUAAUGAAUUAGAAAAAUCUUAUGAAUAUGAAAGUUUACCAAGUAUUAAUUUAAAUUUACCAAUUAGUUUCUUUUAUCCAUUUAGUUGUGAAAAAGAAGAAGAAUAA